AUGGAAGGGAAAUACUUGGACCACAUUGCUGGUUUGACCAACAUGCAGACUCUUCCUGUUGGUCCAUUAAUUCCCACUGGUCCUAUUGCUGCUGCUGAAUUAGGUGAAGAGGAUAUCGAGCUCAUGAAUUGGCUUGGACAGAAGGAUGUAAAUUCAGCUGUGUUUACUUCCUUUGGCACUAUGUAUUUCCCAAGUGAGGAAGAGAUCAAAGAGAUUGCUCAUGGAUUGGAUCUGAGCAAUGUAAAUUUCAUCUGGGCUUUAAGAUCUCCAGACGGUGACGAAAGUAGACUUGAAGAGAUUCUACCAACGGGAUUUCUUGAGAGAGUGAGAGGUAGAGGGAGGAUUGUUCAAGGAUGGGCGACGCAGGCAAUGAUUCUUGGCCAUUCGAGCAUUGGUGGAUUUUUAUCCCACUGUGGUUGGAUAUCUUUAACCGAAGGCAUAGAAUUUGGUGUUCCGAUAAUAGCAAUGCCUAUGAAUUUGGAACAGCCCCUUAAUGGAAGGGUGUUGGUGGAAAAUGGUGUGGCUGUGGAAGUCAUGAGAGAUGAAAAUGGUAGACUUAAGGGGGAAGAGAUAGCAAAAAUGAUCAACCAUGUGGUAAUUGGGGGUGCAGGGGAAACCAUGAGGCAAAAAAUAAAAGAUUUGAGGAAGAAGAUCAAAUCAAGUGAAGAAGACAAUCUGGAUGAACUUUAA